AUGCUUGGGCGCUUGAUAUUUUCAUGGCGAAAAGGAAGGCUGGAAAAUGUGGCUCGCCCACUUGAGGCAUGCACGGCUACAGUAGAGACCAAGAGAGAAAUGGUCAAAAUACCUCCAAAUCACAAUGCGCACGAGAACACCGAUCUUCCAGUCCGCCCCUUCCAUAAUCAAUCUGCUUCUGCAAUUUCCGCUGCCUGGAUGUUUCUUAUCACGCGCGACAAUGUCGAGGCAACGCUGUUGCUGUGGCCGUGGCCGUGGCCAUCUUCGUGUGCUGCUCAGAGGCACCGAGGCCUUGGAUGCCCAUAUGUGAGCAUCAUAUCACAACGUGGAAGUGUGCUCGUAGCUGAUCAGAUUCAUCAACUUCGCAUUCAUUUCGAUGGUGACGGCCUUCGCAUAGCUUCUGUGGAACAACGCACAUAUCAGGGGCAUACCAUGUGCCCACCGCACGCGAGCGAGGCGCAGUCGCAUCGCUUUACUCAAUGCCUGAUCUUCUGUCCACCGCAAACGCAGCGGCCGAAUGCGAUUUCCUGCAUGACUCCGUCCCAGAACGCUUUCAGGCUUCUUGUUUGCUGCAUAGCAGCACUUUAUCGUCUCAAUCGGAUACUCUUGACGAAGAGCACACCACGCCGCUGUCGAUGCAUGGAUGAGAAACGUGCUUGUCUCCAGCGACAGCUUUUUCACACGAUCUUGGCUUUGCAAAACCCCCUUCGUUUGUCCGCUUCGCCGUCUUUCAUUUGCCGCACGCACGACUUCACCCUUUCUGCAACCUGGCCAUCGCCCGUUCUUGCAAUGGCGACACCAUUGUACAUCAAGGGUUUGGCCGCGUCUGGUAAGUUCAUCAGAGGCAUGGCUCCACUGGUUCUCCGCCGUGCUCACGGUCGGGAUGCGCCUUUCCACGAGCUUGAGGCUCAGAUGGCCAGCAGCGACAAGACAGAAAUACGCCUUUCUGGUUCAGAAGCAUCAGAGUUCAUCUCGAAUCUGGCCGUAAAAGGGCAAAACGACCUUGCUGUGUACUCGAUUCCAUUCGACUGCCCUGACGCGAUCGAGCAUCACGUUUGUGACACUCCUGGCAGUUGCAACCACAGCAUGCAAUGUGGCGUUAACUCGACCAUGUGGCGACCUACAAUGGACCAGAAGAUUGACCCAGCCACCGGUUCCUUCGCCUUGUUUUAUGGGGCGCAUCUUUCGGACGGCCUCGCGCAGCACCUGAUCAAUUUCAUGGUCGAGGACACUGAGAAUGUUCGCUCGCAGUUGUCGACACUUCUCCAGGCGUACGGUGACCUCAUCGCAGGAUGCUCAGUGAUGUUGCUCCUCGAAUUUUUGGCAAAUGGCCGCUGCAAUAUGGGUACCCAUACGCGCAGUCAUCAUAACUACGUGACCUUGACACGUUGCCCCAACGAUGACUGCUACGACGAGCACUACGAGAGUUGGUCCGGCGGCGAGUGGCUUAGUCUGCGAGACCUUGCCAACGAUCCCAUGAAGCUUCUUUCCCUCCUUCACGUAAGAACCUCAAACAGCUCGAUGUCAUGGACAAUCUUCGACGUACAUGCAGCCUGUAGAGCAUGGGCAGCAGGCUACUUUCCAGCUUGGUACAAUGAACAUUGUGUGACAAUGUGCGACGCUGGCUACGGAGAACUGUGUUCCUUUGACGUUGAAGCUACGCACAGAUGGGCUAUCGUUGGAUUUCCGCGAGCAUUUGUGACAAUCCAAGCUCAGCAUGAACUCAUGUGCACACUCUUGCGAAUUACUCACUCCAUUGUCGAUGAGUCCCCGCCAACAGGAUCCACAACAUGGAGUGCUCUUGUGACCAAUGGACUUCGAGCUUCUGGGGGCGAUGCUGCUUGGAGUUCCUACAAAAAUCAGGCUUUCGCGUCUCCUGCGACUUUCAGUUCGAAACUGGUCCUUGACAAAGCAAGAACGCAAUUUCGAAUGAUACAAGAUGAGUUCUGGCUCCUGCAGACGGAUCCGAGAUAUUUCCAAGACCUGAUACGUUCCAGGAGAAUGACCAUUGGUAAUAUUGCAAUGGGCAUGCGCCAAAGAGACCAGGAGGUUCAAGUUGGUGGACUGCUCAUCGACGAGCUGAUCACUCGCUUCCAUCUAUGGUACACCGUUGUCCAGGGUUGUGAGGAAUUCCACAACGCUGUUGAGAGGCAUGAGAAUGGAUGCAGACCUGGCGUCUUGCUUCCGUUGGAACUCAGUGCUUUGUUCACGCAGACUAGACAUCUCAUCACCUCUCGGCUUCGCAAGGCGAGGGACAGCUUUGUGAGAAUCAUGGGGCACACUGGUUGCGUUGAGGAUCACGAGCACGACCAGUUGUUGACUUCAGGUGGCGCAAUGCAGCUCGAUAUCAGAAAAGGCUUGGAUCCCUACGCUCCCGCAGGCCGCUUGCAAUGGCGAAUGCAAUGCCUCGCGGCAGAUGCUACACAUGGUCGGGAACCCAUGUAUGGAUACGCAUACGUGCUCGAUGCACUGAUGCGAGAGGACAGAGAAGCAAAACUCAUGGACAAGUCUAUGCUUGAUCUUCUCGGCGAUUUCAUGCUCCUGGACGACUUGCAUCAGCUGUUCGGCAAAGCGCAGCUCGUCGCAGACCGACAGUGGCAGACUGUCUACUUCGACAUUCCGCCCAUAUACAAGGCUAGCACUUGUAGUGACUGGAGGAUGUCCGAUGAUGAGUGCAUGAAGCAAAUGAGGCCUUUAUUGGCAAAGUUUAUUGAACUGCGUUGGCCAAAGGUACGUGGGAUACCCGGUCGUGCGUUUCUGCAUUCGCAAGAAACGAAAGAUGUCGCUUGGCUCGAAAGAGCUAUAGAAUGCCGCCAGCGUCUUGGAGACCUUUGGAAAGGUAUCAAGUCCCAACGAGCGCGCUUGGCACUGACUGGUUGCCGAGAUCUUGCUGUCUCCGUUGCGACCUUUAAAGCGGCAAUAUCAUACGAUACUGAGCCGGAAUAUCUGACACUGGUCAAUGAAGAACGCAAGCUAUACGACCUUGAGCGUUCCCGGAUGGCUGCUGUCGCUAAAGCUGAACUGCUACAAGCUGAGGAGCAAGAAGCUGUAUGGAAGUCUGCUCUCGAACAUGGUCCAGUAUGCCACAAGCAGACCAAAGCGAAAGCCAGGCGCGUAAAUGGCAUGACCCAGUCGUCCUCGAGCGAUGAAAGCACGAUCGAGCGCAGCUCACAACCUUCUUCUACCAACGAAUCCUCCCAUGCCGAAACACACUUGCAGACGCUGAAGGUCAGGAAGGAGAGUCUUUCUGUCUUCCGAAAGAUGUUCUCUCCUGCUGGAGCUCAAAGUGAUACCCGAUGGGUGCUCUUCGUCCAAGCAAUGGUCGACGCUGGCUUUAAAGCAACAGAGGCCUCUGGUUCUGCAGUCAACUUCAGCAACGGCUCAGGUAGCAUCUGCUUCCAUAGACCCCACCCGGAACCAACCAUCGAUCAUAUCAUGCUGCAUAAUAUGGCUCGACGCUUGCAAAAAGGAAGAACGAAGGCUGAUCGCAUGCUCAAGCAUUGCGUGGAUACAUUCAAGGAGCCAAUGUCUGCGGCCAAGGAUGAAAGGAAUGUUCAUUUCAAGUGUUCUGAAGAAUGGGAAAUGGCAGCGUGGGCGAAGACGAAGUGGCGACAUGAUGAGAUAACCAAAUAUUUUGUUGCGGGGAGAGUUAUGUCGCCUGAGAAUUAA